AAUGGUGUAUGAAACCGAGUUGUUUCUCUUGCUUGAAAAUGGAAUCUGAAUAUAAGUAUGGAAAAUUUAAAGAACAAGAAGUACAACUGUUAAUGACCUUAGUUAAUAAAUAUAAGGUCAUUAUAGAAAAUAAAAAAACAGACGCAAUUACAUGGAAACAAAAACAAACCACAUGGGAGGAAAUUACUAACGAAUUUAAUGCCAAUAAUGAUGUAUAUAGAAGUUGUAAAAAUAUUAAAGGUAAAUAUGAGAAUCUAAAAAAAAAUGCAAAAAAAAAAUUUGCAACCGAAAAGCGAAAUGUAUAUAAAACGGGUGGAGGUGUCGAUAAACCGGUAUUAAUAACUGAAACAGAUCAAAAAAUAAAAGAAAUUAUUGGAAUUAGUUUAGAAGGGCUAAUUAAUCAGUUUGAUAGUGAUGUAAUCGAAGUAGUUAAUGAUGGUGCUGAUGUGACAGUUGAAUCGAUGAAAUGGUCCGGCUGGACUCCAGACAAACUGAAAACCAUAAAGACUCCAGUUCUUACUGUUGCACAAGAUAAGACAGUACAUUGCACUGUAGUUUCUUCAGAUGAAUUGAAUGAAAUUGAAAGUAUAGCUGAUGAUAAUAACAUGAAUGACACCGAAUUAAGUGAUGUAGUCCCAAUGGCCUCUAAUGAUCAGAGUGACACAGGUAAACCAAGUGUUCCAGUUACAACCACCACUCCGAUUGCAGUAAAACGAAAACGCAUAACAAAUGUCAGAACAGCAAAAAAAGGGAAAAACGAUUUAACAAAUGAUUGUCGAGAGAAGAUUAAUGCUCUUUCACAUGCUCGAUUAGAAUUAAUUAACCUACAAAUUCAGGCUCAAACUCAACAAAUUAAGUUACAGCAUGAGGAGCACCUUCAGAAGAUAAAACAUAACGAAACUGCAAUUACAAAUUAAAAUGUUAAAUAAAGA